AUGGCCGACACAAAAGAAUACACGGAGCCUUCGCAUGAGGUUAGCCCUUCAAGCUUUCCGGAGGAGAACAUGUCUGUCGGUAGAUACCUGGCUACACGGGUCACGUCCUUGCGUCCUCCCAUGCGCAAAGCUCCCAACCCUUUCAAGGCCUUGAUGUUGUUGAACAAGCAACAAUGGCUGUUUUUCUUGGUUGCCUUCUGGGGCUGGACUUGGGAUGCCUUCGAUUUCUUUUCUGUCUCGAUUUCUUUGACCAGUCUGGCUAAAUAUUUCGACCGUCCCAAUUCCGAAAUUACCUGGGGUAUCACCCUCGUGCUAAUGUUGCGUUCCGUCGGUGCCAUUAUCUUCGGUAUCCUGUCUGAUCGCUACGGCCGGAAAUGGCCCUUUGUCGCCAACAACGUUCUCUUUAUCAUCUUGGAGUUGGGUACCGGUUUCUGUAAGACAUACAAACAAUUCCUUGCUUGCCGUGCGCUGUUCGGUAUUGCCAUGGGUGGGUUGUAUGGUAACAUUGCUGCUACCGCUCUGGAGGAUUGUCCCCCCGAGGCCCGUGGUAUUAUCUCUGGAAUGUUGCAACAAGGUUAUGCCUUUGGUUACUUGCUGGUCACUGCAUUUGCACGUGGUCUUGUCGACACCACCUCGCACGGCUGGCGUCCUCUAUUUUGGUUUGGUGCUUGCCCACCUGUGUUGUUCAUCAUCUUCCGUCUAUGCUUGCCCGAAACUCAGGCCUUUCAGAGUCGCGAACAAGUGCGGAAGUCGCUCGCUGGCGGUGUCGCUGGAAAUUUCUUGUCGGAGGGUAAGGUGGCUGUCAAAAAUCAUUGGAAGCUUCUCAUCUAUCUUGUCCUGUUGAUGGCCGGAUUCAACUUUAUGUCUCACGGCUCUCAAGAUCUCUACCCUACCAUGCUUUCCGCCCAAUUCGGUUUCUCCGCCAACGCCGUCACAGUCACUCAAGUCAUCGCCAACCUCGGUGCUAUGACCGGCGGUACCCUCUGCGGAUGGGCAAGUCAAAUUUUCGGACGACGAUUCUCGAUCAUCGUAAUCUCCAUCGUCGGUGGCGCGCUCUUAUACCCUUACGACUUCGUUAGCAACAAAUCCGUCAUGGCCGCGGCUUUCUUCGAACAAUUCUGUGUACAAGGUGCUUGGGGUGUGAUCCCCAUUCACUUGAUGGAGCUGGCACCUGGACCUAUUCGUACAUUUGCUGUCGGUACCGCUUACCAAUUGGGUAAUUUGGUGUCAUCGGCAUCCUCAACCAUAGAAUCAACCAUCGGUGAGCGAUUCCCCUUGCCGCCAUCAAAGACCGGUGUCAAGCGUUACGACUAUGGCAAAGUCAUCUGCAUCUUCAUGGGAUGUGUGUACGCGUACGUCAUUAUUAUCACGUUCUUUGGUCCCGAGAAGCUAGGUCGUGAGUUUGAUGCUGAGCAUGAUUCGGAUUUGAAUGAGGUGGCUGCUCGUCGUAUGUAUGAGAAGGAUACGGAAAAGGGCACCGCUCAGCAUGCAGAGUAA